UUGAUUAGCGGUAGUUUUGACAAACUUUGUUACACUACGAGAUCCUACUCAAAACUAGCAAAAUGCCGUUUAUGCAAAGGAGAGUGUACAAAAUGGACAAAAUGCAGAAGGCAGAGGAAAGAAUCAAGUCUAAUCCCUGGGAUAUCGAGGCAUGGAGUGUUUUGUUGCGUGAUGCUCAAAGUAAAAAGAUUGAUGAUGCAAGGGAAGUUUUUGAACGUAUUGUUACACAGUUCCCGGUAGCUGGUCAGUAUUGGAAGAUUUAUAUUAAUCAAGAGAUGAAAGCCAAAAAUUAUGAAAGGGUCGAAAAAUUAUUUCAGCGUUGUCUAGUUAAGAUACUAAACAUUGACUUAUGGAAAAUAUACUUGCAGUAUAUUAAGGAAACUAAAGGAAAGCAUCAAUCUUUUAAGGAGAAAAUGGCACAAGCUUACGAUUUUACUCUGGAUAAAAUGGGCUUAGAUCUUAAUUCUUAUUCAAUAUGGGCAGACUACAUAUCCUUUCUUCGUUCAACGUAAGUACUUUUUUCCCGGUUGUGUAAAGUGAAAUAACUAUGUGUAUAACAGAGUGGGUUUUUGUUUGGAUGUCUCUAACCUAACAAGUUGAACCUGUUCUAGUUUGGAAAACAACAUAGAGUCGAUCUGACUAAAAUUACUAGUAUUGUUCGAGCAACUGUAGACGUUUCAGGUCGAAGUUUUCGGUUCUUAGCAUCUUGUGUUAUAAUGAGAUUUUGUUAAAUAAAAAAUUGAGGGUUUCGAUACCGUUAAUCGACUACUGAGAAGUACAAAGUCCAUCUGUCUGGUUCCCAGAAACCAUCGAGGUAUGUCAUUAAAUAGCUACCUAUUUUGAUCCCCUUAAUUCAGGAUACGGGUCGAUAAUUUAAGGUUUUCCAAAGUAGUUUUUAUCCCUUAAUUUGUAGGUUUUGUCCUUUAAGCCAUUAUUACACCAUCUCAUUACUCUCAUGUGAAGGAGCUUGAAGGUUGUCUAGGUUCAGUACAAAUAGGUUUUGUUUGGAUACUACCGACCUUACACGUUUCUGUUGUAAGUUUUAUUGAGUUUCAGAUAUCCCAUUCCCGUGUCUUUUGAAGUAAAGCAGUGGAUCGACAUGAUUCUGCUGGACAUAUUUUAUGCAACUCAUCCUCUCAUGAAUAGUUGAAAAAACGAAAGCCAAUUUCCAUAUGGUCAGUUAUUUAUAGGAAUAUCACUUGAUUCGAAUCAACGGGUGUUAGUACUAUGGAUAUAAUCAUUGGGAAUCUAGAAGCUAGCGAAAAUUCAAAUAACCUGAGUGUUAAUUCAGCGGAUUAGUGAUACAUAUGUAUGAUCAGUUAUUUAAUGAACUAUGUGUUAAGUGUACUGUAAUUAAUGCAUUUCACCCUAAUUUCACGAGACUUCAUCUUGAUUGGGUAGUUGUGAAAAGUAUAGCAUAACUGCGAACAAGAAGUUAUGUUAUAUUUUAUGAUUUUUGUAUAGUCAAGUUCAAGGUUCAUAUGCAGAAAGUCAAAAAAUAACUGCAACUAGACGUGUGUACCAACGUGCAAUUGUUACUCCUAUGCUUGGUAUCGAAACUAUUUGGCGUGAUUAUUGCAUGUAUGAAAACUCAAUUAAUCCUCUUAUCGCGAAAAAGUUUACCGAGGAACGUAGUCGGGACUAUAUGAACGCACGUCGUGUAGCUAAAGAAUAUGAAGUUAUUACAAAAGGACUGUCCAGGACUAUGCCGUCAGUGCCUCCCCAAAAUACACCGUAUGAAGCUAAACAGGUCGAACUAUGGAAGAAGUAUAUUCAAUGGGAAAAAGAUAAUCCAUUGAAAACAGAAGAUAUCAUCACAGUCACAAAAAGAGUAAUGUUUGCCUAUGAACAAUGUCUUUUAUGUCUCGGACAUCAUCCAGAUAUAUGGUAUGAAGCUGCUAGCUACUUGGAUCAUGCAAGCAAAAUUUUGGUUGAAAAGGGAGAUCAAACAACAGCUAGACAAUUUGCCAACGAUACAGCGGCAAUGUAUGAACGAGCUAUUGCUUUACUCAAAACAAAUAUGAUGUUAUAUUUUGCUUAUGCCGAUUAUGAAGAAGGUCGAUGUAAGUACGCAAAAGUUCAUUCUAUCUACAAAAAGUUAGUUUCAUUGGAGAAUAUUGAUCCGACACUACCUUAUAUACAAUAUAUGCGAUUCGCCAGGAGAGCUGAAGGCAUAAUGUCUGCUAGAUAUGUGUUUAAACUAGCUCGUGAUGAUUCACGCAUUACUUAUCAUGUUUACUGUAGUGCUGCAUUAAUGGAAUAUUUCUGUAGUAAAGAUAAAACUAUUGGACAUAAAAUAUUUGAGUUAGGCAUGAAACGUUUCGGUGGUAUUGCGGAAUAUGUAUUGUGCUAUGUUGAUUUUAUGGCACAUUUAAAUGAGGAUAAUAAUAUACGAGUGUUAUUUGAACGAGCUUUAGGAUCAAAUCAAAUUACACAAGAACGUGCACGUCUUAUAUGGGCUAGAUUUUUACAAUUUGAAUCACAGGUUGGUGAUUUGGCUAGUAUUCUGAAAGUGGAAAAACGACGUUUACAAGCAUUGGACAGUUCGAAAGAAUUUUCAAGAUUAGAAACCGCACUUCUGAUUGAUAGAUAUCGUUUCCUAGAUUUAUUACCAUGUACAGAUUCAGAGCUUAGAUCUUUGGGUUAUCGAGAACUGACUCGCUUUCAGCUGGCUGGAAUUGGCAAAGGGUAUGAUGAUAUAUUGUGCGGUGUGAUCUCUUCCCAUGGAGCUGCCGGGGUCUCUUUAGGAUCCACACUAUCUGGUGUCUCUGGUGGUAGUGCAGGCGUAGUCGUAGGUGAUGCUCUUGGUUCAACAAUCAAUGGAACUGACCCAAGGCCAACUUAUCCGCAGCCUGAUGUCAGUCAGAUGUUACCAUUUAAACCGAAAGCUUAUCCACGUACUGGGAGUCACCCAGUAGCUGGUGGUGAAUUCCCACCACCACCGGCUGCUUCCUCUUUACUGAAACUAAUUCCACCGCCACAAUGUUUUCACGGUCCAUUUGUUGAUGUAGAUAAAUUUUUGGAACAUUUCCUAGAAUUGGAAAUCCCUGAUGAUUAUAUGGAAGUUGUUGCAGGUGAAUCUGAAGAAUUAGCUACAAGUAUUGACUCUGGUACAGCUUUAUCCAUUGAAUUGGCUAGUACAGCGACUUCCGCUGCCCCACUUUUAUUGGCUGCUCGUAAACGUCGACAGCAAAUAGCUUUAGAUAGUUUAGCUGGACAUGGUAACCGUGCUUCUGUGGCUAAUCAAUCUAAAUUGCGUAAACGAACAAAUCUAAAUGCCUUUGGCGACUCUGAAGAUGAAGAAGAAGAGGAUGAUGACGAUGAUGAUGAUGAUGAAGAUGAACGUGCAGCUGCCUUAUUAGGGGGUCAGAUUCUUGGCUCUGGGUCAGAGUUAAGAAAUCCUUUGUCGGCUGCUACUCUUGGCUGUAAUGUACCUAUGGAUUUAUAUAGGUUACGGCAAAUGCAAAGAGCUAAGUAACGUAUUUUUAACGUUUUCCUCCUUUGAGGGGAUUCCAUUUGUAUAAAGUUUGUAUUCCCUUUAAAAUAUUGAUAAGUUUUUGUAAUUUGAUCAAUAAAUGUUUCUUUAUUUA